CCACCUCUGAAGCAUCUUUCAGUUUGAAUCCACCUGUUGAGCGCGUGAGACACACGAAAAACCUAUUUCCUUAGUCAAAAGACUAGUAUAGCCACGCCUAAUAGAAACCAUGUCAAAUCUUUUGGAUCAGGUGAAUCCGGAGCUGCUGCGUACGUACGCUUUCUGGAGUGUGAUUCUGGUGGCAAAAAUGCUGCUAAUGUCGCUAUUCACCACGAUGACGCGCAUCAGAAAAAUGGCGUUCAUCAAUCCCGAGGAUGUCAAAUCGAUUAGCCCCAAGCUGAAGCCCAAAGUUGACGAUCCGGAUGUGGAACGAGUGCGCAGGGCCCAUCGUAACGACUUGGAAAACAUUUUGCCCUUCUUCGUGGUGGCAUUCCUGUACCUGUUGACCAAUCCGGACCCGUGGUUGGCCACUCAGUUGAUCCGUGCUGCAGCAGCAGGUCGAAUCGUGCACAGCCUUGUCUACGCCGUGAUGCCAGUGCCACAACCAGCUCGACUUUUCAGCUUCGGAGUUACGCUGCUGGUGACCGUCUACAUGAUCGUCCAAUGCGCGCUCUACUUCAUGUGAACACGUUUUACGAGUUCCUCGAACGAUUCAUAGAAAAUAGCUAAUAAACUUAUAUUCUCUGAAUAAUCACAAAAUGUUUCAACAAUAUAACACAAUCUUAACCGAUUUACGCCACGCAGGGCUGGUAGCGAAAAGUGGUGCUAAAAA